CUUCCUCUCCCUUCCUCACAAAGACACAAACGAAAGCUCUCACUUGCAGAAACCCAUGGCCGGAAAGCAAAUUCACGGCGACGACAUGUCGUCGGAGGCUGUCGCCGGGAUGUCAAAAACUCAACUUUACGAUAUAAUGUGUCAGGUGAAGCAAUUGAUUGGACAGAACCAGCAGCAAGCCAGGCAAAUCCUAAUUCAUAAUCCUGCUUUGACCAAAGGCCUGUUUCAGGCACAAAUAAUGCUGGGAAUGGUGCGUCCCCAAACGGCACCAAAUGUCCAGCCUGUUCCAUUGCAAAACCUACAGCAAUCUGCCUCAUCAAAACUUCCAUCAAAUAUUCAAGCUGCUUCGCCGUUGCCUGGUCAAAUUAGUGUGCCGGAGCAGACAAGAAAGCAGCUUCAGAACCAAGCUGGGAGUGGAGUAUCUUCUACGUCUGGUCUGCCUUCACACAUUCAGUCUCCUUCAUAUCCAUCACAUCUCCAGUCGAAGGGACAUAUAGCAAACCAACAGAGUAUGCCCCUUCCACAAGUCGCUCAGUUACCGAAUGUGCCUCCACUUUCACAUCAUGCUACUUCUCAGCCACCUUCAAUCCUUCAAACACCAAUGCCCACUGCCUCUAAUCCACUACAGUCUUCCCAUAUGCCCCUCCAGCCCCCACCACCCUCACACCUCCGCCCUCCAAUGUCUGGCUUCUCUCAUCAAGUUCCCAAUCAAAUUGGAGUAACUGCGGGUUUUCAGCAUUCUGGUGCACCUCCGUUGCAUCAUUCACAACCUAUUUAUCAUUCGGGGGCAAAACCUUCUCCUGGUCCUGGGCCUUCUUUUCAAAAUCAGCAUCCACAUUCGAUGCAGCCUCCGCUCCAGCCUCCGUAUCAGGUCGGAGGUCCACGUUUAGGUCCAGAAUAUAAUCAACCUGAUAGAGGAUCUCCUUGGCUACCUGGUCUCCAAGAAACUGGCGGUGGUGGACUCCUUCCUGGCCCUCCGCAAUUCACUGGCCAAAUGGCACCCGGCAGUCAGUCUGCUCGACCUCCGGUAGUACACUUAUCUGCUUCAAGUUAAUUCUAUAUGUUCACGUUUGAAAACAGUAGUUUUUUUUUUUCAGAGUUUACCUUGAAAUCACUAAUAUAAGAUAACUGUUGUGCAGUUAUCACGCGAGAUGGAAAAUGCUCUCGUACAACAGGUUAUGAGCCUCACUCCAGAGCAAAUUAACCAGCUGCCUCCGGAGCAAAGGACUCAAGUGUUGCAGUUGCAACAAAUGCUGCGUCAAUGAGAACAAACCUCUCUUGUGUCAUCACUUACAUAGAGUAAAUGGCAUCCUGAGCUGCCACUAAUGUGAUUUAUCAUUUAUGGUCUGGCGGCCGAAGGAACUUACUGUGAACUUUUCUGCUUCUAGUUCUUAGUGUAUAAAUUGUUAUAUACCUUGUUUUUCAGGGCUUGUUUGCCCAUUACUCAGCAAAUUUACAAAUUUUGUAGUUUCUCCACUUUCCUCUAUGGUUUCCUUGAUUUCCAAUUUACUCGUUUUCCUGUCUUUUCUGAUAUACGGACUGACUACUCAUGGAUAGUUUAGCCGCAAAAUUUAGUUCAGUGAGUAAU